AUGGCGUCGGAGGGGAAGAUCAAGUCUAAAGACUUAUCCUACGAGGCAAACCUGCCGCCAUUCCUGCAACGCCUGCACGCGCAGAAGGCUGGCCACGGAGAUCCAGACCGGCACGAACGCCAGUUGGCUCGACCCAAACGAGCCAACGCUGAAACCGAGGACGAUGGCCCGACCGUCAUCGACGAGAGUGGCGAGACUGUCAGCAAGGAGGAGCUGGACAAGAUGACCACCACUGACACAGCCGCCGAUGACACUUCCAUCAACGAGCUCGUCAAAGGCGACAGUAUAGGCGAUGCUAGUCCAAAAGCUUCGGGAGCCAUCCAGAGGACCUCGGAGCAGAAACUCUCGGAUGGAACUGCGACCAAGAAGCGCAAAGUCGGAAGAGUCGUCGGGGAUGACGAACGUGAGGACCAUGCCUCUCCUACCAACCAAGACGAUGCCGCCUCCAACAAGCACGAACUGGCCAAGAAAGUGAAGAAGAAAGCCAAACCCAUCAAACUCGCGUUCGACAACGACGACGGUGAUACGUGA